AUGGAGCCCAUCCCGAUCUACCGUAUUGAUCUCUCCCUGCCCCCGUCUGAACGUUACACCCAACUCGCGACGGAUUUCGCCCCAAAAAUGAGAGACAUAGCACCGCUAUUUGACGAAAUCCUCGCGUCAGUGAUUCCUUGGGUCUUUGUGAGACGCUUCGUCGAAUUUCUGGCGUCGAUCUUCCUUCGCCGGGUGUAUUCUGAUGAGGAAACCCAGGAGUUGAGGGGUAUCUCGAAGACGAGUGGUUUGGAUCUGUAUUUGUUGGUAGCGUUGAAUGUGCUUUUGGACAGUUUAUUGGGAUGUACAAGUGGGGCUGUUCUGGUGAGGGAUGAGAAGAGCAGGAAAAGAGUCACGGGAGAUGGUGGGGACGCCAGCAUGAUGCAUUUUCGGACGUUGGAUUGGAAUAUGGACGAGUUGAGGAGUGUGCUUGUUGUAUUGGAGUUUGUCAGGUCGAAGUCUGACAAGCCGGAAAGGGUCAUUGGGAGGACGAUUACUUAUGCUGGCUUUGUGGGUCUUUUGACUGGUGUGAGAGAGGAUCUCUCUCUUUCUUUGAACUUCCGCCCUAAUCACCACUGCUCUACCUACUCUCUUCGACUCCAUCAAAUACUUGUCCUCUUGGGGUUCCGCCCGUCGAUAACAUCCAUUCUCCGCUCUGUAUCUCUUCCCCCACGAGGAACCAUCCCUGGACCCCUCAGUAGCAUCAUAGGUACUCUCGCCAAAUCUCGCAGUGCGCCUUGCUAUCUUGUCCUUUGCGAUGGCACUCAAGCUGCCGUCAUCGAGAAGGACAUUCUCGAUGGCAAAGUCAGGACCGGGACUGAUUUCAUUGUACAUACAAACCAUGACACUCCACCCACUGAACCUUCCGCACACACUUACAGCCAAAACCAGAAGAGCACGAUCUUGGGUAUGGAGAUCCUGCUUGAGGAUAGCCAGGAUAGAAGAGCCUGCGUCCAAAAGAAAUGGAACGGCAUGAAGAAGAGACACGAUCGAAAGCAAAAAUCCGAAGACUGGAUAGAAGCUAAAGCGGCUGUACCGACUGUGAGAGAAGCCACCUUGAAGGGCUGGGUAAGAGCGUUCCCGACUAUGAAUGAAACAACUCACUUUGGAUGUAUACUGGACCCGAAGACAGGUACGAUUAGAUUCUUGGAGAGAGGCUUUGAGGAAGAAGCAUAG